GCAAGUGCUCCUCCCACUGUCAUGCUCACAUCAGUGAAUGGAGCCGUUUGAACAAAGGUUACUACUAGAGAGAGUAGAGCACAGCAGCAGCAGCAGCAGCAGACGAGGAAGGGCGUUGUAGAACCAGUAUUUGUGCUCGUGUUGUGUAUGAUCUGACUGAAAGCCCAGGAGUCAGACACACAUCUAUGAUUUAAAGAUGACAUCCAGCAGCAUAGAUAAAAUACUACCGCAGGAUUUCGCAUAUGUGAUCCUAACCUUUAUCUACAGCUAUGUUUUACUUAUGUACCUCGGUAUAAACGUAGGAAGAGCAAGGAAGAAGUACAACGUCAAGUAUCCACAGAUGUAUUCAGACAAAGAAAAUGUUUUUAAUUGUAUUCAGAGAGCACAUCAAAAUACAUUGGAAGUGUAUCCCGGAUGGCUGAUCAUGCAGCUCAUUGCAGGACUUGCAUUUCCAAUUUCUGCCUCUGUUCUUGGAGCAAUCUGGGUGACCAGUCGUUUUUCUUAUGCCCAUGGAUACUACACAGGAGACCCACAGAAGAGAAUGAGAGGAGGCUAUGGCUACAUCGGACUGUUUGGUGUUCUCCUUUUGUCUCUUACAGCUGCACUGCAGCUUCUCCACAUUGUUUGAUAACAACCUGGUUUAUGUAUGAAGCUCUUGUCACACUGAAUAAAGAAAGCAAUCUAUCACCCUG